AUGCCACUGAAAGAGGAGAUUCAAGAACUUGAUGUAAAGAUAGAGAAAGAUCUAUAUGAGAAACAUCACGAUUUAAGAACUGGAGAAAAAUCUAAAAAGACGACUUCUCGAAAAAGCGCUCAGAAGACAGGAGCUAGAAGUCAUUUCACCUGCCAACAGUGUGGAAAGAGUUUCACUCGGAAAGAAAACCUUAAAGUUCACACGAGGAUUCAUACAGGAGAGAAACCUUACACCUGCCAACAGUGUGGAAAAUGCUUCAUUCAGAAUGAAACUCUUAAAAACCACAUGAGAAAACACACUGGAGAGAAGCCUUACACCUGCCUUCAUUGUGGAAAGUGUUUUAAACAUAAAGCAGCAAUGAAUGUCCACAUGAGAAUUCACACUGGAGAGAAACCGUUCGUAUGUGCUCGAUGUGGAAUGAACUUCAGAUGUAAAGUAAAUCUUGAUUACCACAUGAAGAUUCACUCAAGAGAUAACUGUUUUCUAUGCCAUCAGUGUGAAAUGAGUUUCACAGACACAAAUCACCUUAAGAAUCAUGUAACAACUCACAUUGGAGAAGAGCCUUUCAUGUGCCAUCACUGUGGAAUGAGUUGCACAACAAAAACUAACCUCAAGGUUCACACAAGAGUUCAUACAGGAGAGAAGCCUUUCACCUGCCAACAGUGUGGAAAAACUUUUAAUGAAAAAGGAAACCGUAAUGUCCACAUGAGAGUUCACACUGGAGAGAAGCCUUACACAUGUCUUCAGUGUGACAAGAGAUUUACAAGUCAAAGAAACUUGAAACGUCAUUUGCAAGCACAUUCUGGAAAGAAACUGCAGUUUUCUUCAAGGUGA